UCUGUUCAGUAACCCUCCUCCGUUGCCUUCUUUGGACAGUUAAAACCCUAAUUUCAAAAAAUCUGCAAAUUAUCAAAAUCUGAAUCCUCCCUCCACCCUGGUCUCUCUAUCUUCGGCGGCCUCCCCGAUCUCUGAGGGAAGCGAAAGGGUUUACUAUUUCUGUGCCGCCGACGAAUCGUAUGGUGUUUCUUACUGCGAAAAGAGGAAUAUCUGUUUUCGGCUGAAUUUCGAUGAUUUUUGUUUGUGAUCGCUGAGGAAGCCAUAUUGGGAAACUUUUGAAUCGAUCAGUCGGUAUUUUAAGUCAAGCGUGGGAUUUUAGAAUAAGAUAACGAUGAAAAACGUCGAGCGAUUGGCGAAUGUAGCUUUAGCAGGUUUAACUUUAGCACCACUCGUUGUUAAGGUGGAUCCAAACUUAAAUGUUGUUUUGACUGCUUGCCUUACUGUUUAUGUGGGCUGCUACAGAUCUGUCAAGCCAACUCCACCUUCUGAGACAAUGUCCAAUGAGCAUGCCAUGCGUUUCCCCUUUGUUGGGAGUGCAAUGCUGUUAUCACUAUUUUUGCUUUUUAAAUUUCUAUCUAAGGACUUGGUCAAUGCUGUAUUAACAUGCUAUUUCUUUGUUCUUGGGAUCGUUGCGCUUUCAGCAACACUGUUACCUACUAUUAAACGUUAUUUACCAGAGCAUUGGAAUCAGGACGUUAUUACAUGGCGAUUUCCAUAUUUCCGUUGUAUGUGGUGUCGAUGGUUUUUAUAUCUCCUAAUUCUUAUUUUGAUUUCUAUUGUGAAUCAUCUUAGGCCCGUUUGGACAGUGAGAUGAGAUGAGAUGGUUUUAGAUGAAAGUUGAAAGUUGAAUAAAAUAUUGUUAGAAUAUUAUUUUUUAAUAUUAUUAUUGUUUUGAGAUUUGAAAAAGUUAAUUUGUUUAUUAUGUUUUAUGUGGGAAUUUGAGAAAGUUAUAAUGAUGAGACGAGAUGAGAUGAAACCGUUUUUACAUCCAAACGGGGCCUUAAUGUGAAGUUUGUAGUGCAAUCUAUGUUUGUUAUACUUGCAUGAAUCUGUUAUUUUCACUUAUAAAGUAGUGCCAAUGGUUUUUGAUCAAGUAUUUACUCUCCAAUUUGAGAGACUGCAAUUUAGUGGGGCUGUCCUAUUGUUGUUCUGAGUUGGUUUAUAUAUAUAACUGUCCAUAACUGUUUUUUGGUUUAAUGAUGGAUUGCAGCUGUUCUCUCAACUGCCUAGACAAUAUUCUUCUAGUUUUCUUUUAC